AGUCGGUCUCCGUUCAUCUAAGAAACAUUAAAUUGCUAGUACUCACAAUAAUUUUAAAGAAACUAAAUAUUUUUCGGUGUCUUGCAUAUUUCUCCCGUAACUUCUAUUAGAAUUUAUUUUUCUACCAAAUUCUUGCGUUUCUUUAAAUUUUGAGCGUGUUAAGUUAAAGCUAAUAGCCAUGGCUAGCUCAAACGUGUCCGAUUGGGAUGAGCCGCUACCCACAUCCACCGAAGAGGAAGCCGAAGAGGAGGAUUCAGACUACUGCAGUCCAGAGAAUCGCAAAAAGCGCAAGCAACAAAAUUUGGCCAAGCUGCAGUCCUAUGUCAGACGCAUGGCCUAUCAGCCGGCUCUGCCGCCCAAGGCGCGUGCAUAUGAUGUGGCGCUGUCGCAGCCCAAGAAGUAUAUAUUGCAGGAUAACUACGAACAGUUUAAGGACUACUACGAUCCCAAACUGCGGGCGAAGCGCAUUGAGCGUAUGCUGGGCAAGUUUAAUGCAAUUACCACAGAGCAACUUGAAGAAGUUCUGAAGAACAACAAGACCAAGGAGCGUCGUAAGGAGGAUUUUCUGAAGCGCAAACAGGAGCUCUACUACAGCAUGUUGUCCAAAAUGGAGCGUCAAUGCCGCACACAAUAUCUAAAUGUGCUCAUCAAGAAGUUUGCCAAAUUUAUAGCACAUCUGGCGACAACAAUGCGCAUUCCUCCCCAGCUUGUGGAUCCAUAUGCGCGCAUGCAGCGUGGCAUCUUUUGCAACAUACUACUGGCCAUUGGUGUGCAACCCACCUCGCAGUCGGCCAUCUACUACACCAGUCAGGAUGCCAUAGAGUAUGAUGUGUGCCAUCGUCUGGCGCAUGCAAUGCUCAGUCUCAUCAUUAAGGCGCUGGAUACGGCAGCAACGCGGGAACCUGCUGACACAGUUAAGCCUGCAGCAGACAUGGACUUUAAAAUGGAUAAUUACAUCAAGGAGCGACUCAUGUGCGCUGCCAAAAAGAAAAUACGCAAUGAGCAGCGUCGCAAGCGCUUACCAACCUUUAACUAUGGUGCAUUUGAGAAGUGUGCGCGUCUGGACUGCGAGCGUUGAGCUCAAGGCAAAUGCAACGCUUUCAAGUUUGUUGACAGUCCUCACAUUACUCUUCACACUCAUACACAAACUAUGUACAGUUGUAAAUAAAUCUAUGCAUGUUCUUUAACAGUAA